AUGCAGAACCCUACUGUCUCGCCGGCCUUCAACCACACUGUCCACGUCAACAACAAGCAACACAUACGGCGAGUCUACCAGGGGAAGAGAAACGUGGUCGUGUAUUACAACGAAGAACCCGAGUAUGGUGACCAUGACGAGGUGGAUUUUGAGUUCUUGGGCAACGUCGAUGGCAAGCCAGUGGCUCUCCAGACCAACAUCUUCCUCAAUGGCCAAGGCUAUAGGGAGCAGCAGUUCUACCUCUGGUUCGACCCAUCAGCAGCUAUCCAUGACUACAAAAUACUCUGGAACGAGCACCAGCUCGUGAUGCUGGUCGAUGAAACGCCCAUCCGGGUGCUCAAGAACCUUGCGGGCCGCAUGCCAGGCUACCAGUUCCCGAUGAGGCCGAUGAGAAUCCGAGCGAGCAUCUGGGACAGCUCUCCCUGGGCGACCGACAAUGGCAGGAUCAAGGUUGACUGGAACCGUGCGCCAUUUACCUCCGCAUUCCAAAGGUUCAAUAUUGACGCCUACCCCGCCACCGGAGGUGCGCCGUGUGGCUCGCCCAACCUGUGGUGGAACAAGUUUUGGGACCUGACGCCCGCACAGAAGGCAGCGUACAAAAAUGUCAAGAGCAAGUACAUGACCUACAACUACUGUGAUGACAAGGCAAGGUUCAACUUCCGUGUUCCGGUAGAGUGCAGCCACAACUAA